CCAGGUGAUACUGGUGUGAGAGAUCAUCCAUUCUUUGAGGAAGUGGACUGGCAGAAUCUUCUGAGAGAGAAAGCAGAGUUCUUCAUUCCCCAGCUCAAGGGAGAGGAGGACACCUCUUACUUUGACAGUCGAGAUGACCGCUAUACCCACGAGUUUGUCAGCGACGACGACGAAGAAGAUGGAGUUGACGCCAACAACGACCCUCUCCAGCAGUCGUUUGCCAACUUCAGCCAGGUGGCACCCCGGUUCUGCCAGAUGAUGGAGGAACUGCAGAGCUCUCUGUGUGAAGAGACAGACCCCAGCACACCCCAGCACACACCAGCACCAGCAGCUCCUGAAGAGUAAAAUGGUUCCCAUUCUGUCUGGAGAAGGCCCCAAACACGAACACAGAGACUCUGGAAUCUCUGUUAUGAGUGGGUCAUCGUCGAUCACACCCACUCCGGUGGGCAGUGAGGAGGUAGUGCCGUCCUCUGGCCAGCCGGCGGCGGCCGAGACUGUCAAGAUCCUCCUGACUGCCACUGGUGUUGCCAACACUAGUACAACUACUGGUGGUGGUGGCAGGGAGAGGGCAAGAGACGCUGCACCAGAGGGAGAAGAAGAGGACAACAUUGUCACCACAAUCGAUGAGGUGAGUGAUGAGGAGCCAAUGUUGGACGAGGGAGAGAAGACCCCAGAGCCACUCCAACAGAUGCCCACCUCUCCCCCUCCCUCCAUCACCACCCACUCGUACACGGCUGCCUCGUGUCUCUCCCAGAGGAGGUGUGGCCUCGGUGACGACAUCUCUCAGAUCUCCAUCGCUGACAUCACUGUGUGUCCACCCACUCCUGCAUGUGUAACAGUUAAGCCAUUCGGUGUCUACCGUGGGUCCAGCAGCAGCGUGGCUGAGGCCAGCCCUCUCAGCAGCCCGCGGCACUCCCAGAUGGUCGCAAGUACAUACGCAAUCAAGAGAGGUCCCAGUGGCUACGGCAUGAUCCUCAUGGCCAUUCGAGUCUACAUCGGACAGACUGACGACUACAGAAUACACCACAUCAUUGAGAAAGUGGACAAGAAAGGUCCGGCGUGGGAGGCAGGUCUGAGGAAAGGUUGCCUGGUGACGCACAUCAACGGUCAGUCGGUCAUCGGACUCCACCACAUACAAGUCAUGAAACUCAUGAUCGACAAACACAAUUCUUUCUUGUACAUCAACACCAUUCCUCUUGAGGACACCAGCAUUCGCAAGGACAAGAAGAAGAGGCUGCCGACACUGGGUCAUCGAGUUGGGAAGCUCUUCCGCCACCGCUCAAGCGUGAGCGGUCGAAUAAAGAAGAAGUCGUUCAACAGUCGCAUGCGAGGGAGGGACAGGAAAGGAGUGGACAGCUCUGGCCACUCCUCCAGCAGCACACCCUCGCCAAAACACUCCUCGUCCCGGUCUCCCUCGCACAGAUCAUCACCCCAAACUCCUCCCCUCCCCCUCCCGGCUCCGUGCAGAACCUGAGCUCUGCCUCCUUCACCACGGCCCCCAACUCUCCCCCCAUCUACACCAAGAGACUGGAGCGGCACAGCGUCACUGAGUCCCAGCUGGUCAUGCACAAGAAGUCCCAGAGUGCCUGCGAGCUGCCCACACCGAAGCACCCUUCCCCGCACACCUCACCCCUGCUGCAGAGAGCCAUGUCUCCCUCGUCGGAGGGCCCCGGGCUCCCGGCCAGACACUCCACCACUCUCCCGCGACAGCACAAACACAAGACUAUGAGCAGCUCUGAGCUGACCCGCUCCACCUCCCACUACCACCCCAAGAAAGAAGAGGUCAAACUCUCCACGACCCUGUUGUAGCCACAACACUCUUCUUUCUUCUGUCGUUACGUUUCAUCAAGCAAGGGGCUGCCCCCCACUCUCUCAAUAUUGUCUCUAUCCUGUAUCCUCACACCAGGCACUACUCACUGUGCCUCAAGAUUCACACCCAAACUCUUUGUCUCAGUGCCAUAAUUUACAGUCUGUGUGUGAAUGUGUGUUUCUCUAUGCAGCGGUGUUUGUGUGUUGCCUUUUCUCUCCGUUUGUCUGAUCCAAUUGUCACCUGUAUUUGUUGUAUAUUAUGUUGCCGCAUCUCUUAAAAAAAUUUUUUUU